AUGCGUCCGAUCGUUCUGCUCGCUCUUUUCCUCUCCGUCGCCGUCGCCUUCAACAUCUUCCGCGACGAGGUCGUGCCCGAUGAGCAGUUCCUUUCGGCCCGAACAGCUCGCGACGCAUCCGACAGCAACAGCAGCGAUUCCGAUGAGAAGGACUCCAAGAUUACUGUAAGUCCAUGUCUCUUCCGAGCACUACAUACUAACUCUUUCUUUUCAGGAAGGAUCUGGAUCUGGCGCCGUUGACGAAGACACAACAGAGAAACUGCGUCGUGUGGUCCGCGCCAUCGAGGAAGGCUCCGGAGAAGGUUCUGGUUUGGAGGUCACCUCCGCGCCUGUCCGUUUCGUCCGCUCCGUCGACGUCGAAGGAUCCGGAUCGGGAGCCGAGAAGACCGACGAGUAG